AUCAUUGAUGGUCGAUACCACACCGAAUGUAGUCACUUCAUUGCCAUGUCAACGAAGUUCCAGGACUGUUUGCGACCAAAUUGUCUCUUCAGUUCAAGACAUAUCCAUCUUACAGCAUGCAAGUCGCAAUCUUGUAUACGGUUGAUGGCCCUGCCCACCAAGAAUCCUAUUCGCAUAAGUCCUUCAAAAUGCGGCGACUGUAACUUAAAGACCAGAGAAGAAGUAAUGCCAAUGGUUCGAGUAGCUGGGAUGCGAUAG